AUGACCCUCACCCUGCACACCCACACGACCCUCACCCUGCACACCCACACGAUCCUCACCCAGCUCACCACUAUGACCCUCACCCUGCACACCUCCACGACCCUCACCCUGCACACCCUCACGACCCUCAUUCAGCACACCCCCACGACCCUCACCCUGCAAAACCCCACGACCCUCACCCUGCACACUCCCACGACCCUCACUUUGCACACCCUCACGACCCUCACCCUGCACUCCCCUAAGACCCUCACGCUGCACACCCUCACGACCCUUACCCUGCAUUCCCCCACGACUCUCACCCAGUACACCCCCACGACCCCUCACUCUGCACAUCCAAACGACCCUCAACCUACACACGCACACGACCCUCACCCAGCACACCCCUUUGACCAUCACCCUGCACACCCCAACGACCCUCAACCUCCACACACCCACGACCCUCACCCUGCACACCCUCACGACCCUCAAUCUGCACACCCCCACGACCCUCAAACAGCAAAACUCCACGACCCCCACCCAGCACACCCCCACGACUCUCACCCAGCACACCCUACGACCCUCAGCCUGGACACACCUACGACCCUCACCCUGCACACCCCCACGACCCUCAACCAGCACACCUCCACGAUCCUCACCAAGCACACCCCCACGACCCCUCACCCUGCAAACCCCGACGACCGUCACCCAGCACACCCCCACGACCCUCACCCUGCACACUCCCACGACCCUCACCCUGCACACCCCCACGACCCUCACCCAGCAUACCCCUACGAACAUCACCCUGCACACCACCACGACCCUUACCCUGCACACCCCAACGACCUUCACCCUGCACACGUCCACGACCCUCAUCCUGCACAUUCCCACGACCCUCAACCUGCACACCACCCACGACCCUCACCUUGCACAACCCCACGACCCUCACCCUGCACACCAUCACGACCUUCACACUGCACACCUUCACGACCCUCACCCUGCACACCACCACGACCCUCACCCAGCACAUCCCAACGACCCUCACCCUGCACAACCUCACGACCCUCACCCUGCACACCAUCACGACCUCCACCCUGCACACCCCCACGACCCUCACUCUGCCCACCCCUACGACCUUCACCCAGCACACCACCACGACCCUCACCUAGCACACCCUCACGACCCUCACCCAGAACACCCCCACGACCCUCACCCAGCACACCCUACGACCCUCACCCUGCACACUUUACGACCCUCAGCCUGCACACCACCACGACCCUUACCCAGGAUACCCCUACGACCCUCACGCAGCACACCUUACGACACUUACCCAGCACACCUCCAUGA